UUCAGUGUGCUUGGAUGGUUUGUUUUGAUCGCAGACUCGAUCAGAAGUUGUCUCCCCGAGGGCCCCACAAACCAAUCCAACCCGAUGGCGGAGGAAGCAAUAUUCGAGUUUUUACACUCGGAAAUAGUGAACUACACGUUGUCGAAAGAAAACAGUAAGGAAAAUGAUCUCUCUACGCUCGAAUACAUCGGGUUCACCACGGGGUACAGGAUCAUCGAACGCUUGACGCGAGAGUGGCCCCGGUUUAAGGACGAGCUGGAUACGAUGAAGUUUAUUUGUACCGACUUUUGGAGCUCAAUCUACCGGAAACAGAUCGACAACUUGCGCACCAAUCACCAGGGGGUGUACGUGCUGCAGGACAAUGCAUUCCGCUUUCUGACCCGUCUGUCGUCCGGCUCGCAGUAUCUUGAACAUGCUCCAAAGUUUGUGGCUUUCACCUGCGGAUUAGUGCGGGGCGGUUUGGCAAAUCUCGGCAUCACGAGCACGGUCACGGCGGAAGUGCAGACAAUGCCGUCGUGUAAGUUUCACAUACAAGUCAACCGGACAUAGAGAUGCCAGGGGAAAGGCAUUUUCAUCGAAAAUUCCAAUACCGAAGAUAAAAUAAAAAAGAAUAACAAGCGAAUAAUGUCAUGACG